AUGUUGUCUAUCGGUGAUGACGUUAAACUAGUCAUACUAGAGCAUCAUAAUUACCAUUCUUCGAUUGACUUGAAUUAUUCAUUGGAGAAAACAUGGAAUUAUUUUCAGAGUUUGAUUCCAGAGUUGACGAGGGAUGCCUUGGAGUUGAUUGUGAAGUCAAGCAAAUUAAUCCGACGUAAUUCAGUUCAUCAGUUGAAUUAUUACAUGAUUUUGGAAUAUCUAAUUAAGUUGUAUCAUCCUGAAACAGAUCUCAAUGAUGUUCUUGAUUUGGUAACAAAUUUGAAUUCCAUCUCACCUGUAAAUCAAGAAAAAUUGGUCACUGCUAUUGAGAGAUAUGAUGUAACUAAAAAUAAUGUUGAAGAGAUCGAUAUACCAACUCAAUUAAAGCUUGUUCAACAGAAGAAUUCAUAUACAUCCAAGGAUGUUUAUUAUUUGGAUGAAUUGAAUUUACCAGUCGAUCAGGAGAUGAUCACUAUUACAUUACUGGGGAAUCUUUCAGCAACUGAUUUCUUAGACCCAUUGAUCAUCAGCUCGGUCAAAGAUGAUAAUUUUAAUUAUUUUCCAACCGGUUUGAUGAAUCCCUACCACUUGUACAUUUACCUACUAAGAAUAAAUUUUCAAUUGCAAUUACAGGGUAGAAAAAUCUUAUUGAUAUUACAAAACAAUUGUUUUAUAAGAGGCACAUUUUCAAAUAUUGAGUUAUUCUAUAUAAACAAAUCUGUUGACAAGUACUAUGUACGUAAUGGAAUGAAAUUUCCAAGUGAUUAUGGUUUGAAGAACUGGAUGAAAUCGUUGUUAGUACCAACAAAAAUUGUACCAAACUUGCUUCUCAACUACAACAAGCUUAUACAAAAAUUAUUGACUGAUCCACUUUAUUUUAAGUUUAACAGUUUCUGUAUUUGGAUUUCUAACUUAUUAGGAACUAAAGUGGGCCCAGAACCUGAUCUACGAAUAAAGUAUCACUCCGAAGUCUUCUUCAUUGAUAACAUCGAGCUUGUUGAGAAUCAUGUUCACGACUAUCACUACGAGAUUAUAGAUAUUAUACUAAUAAUGAACAAGUUGAAUGAAUUCAAAGAAUAUGUUGCACCAGACCAUCAAUUGGAUUGGCAAAAAGUAAACGAAGUGUUUGUGAAUGAUAUUUUAGCAGCCAUAGAAGACCAAAACUUGUAUUUCAAAUUUUGCAUUUUAUACAAUGAAUUACAAAGCCAAAAUUCUCCAGGAACCUUUCAAUACCAUAUUCAGGAUCCAGCUGAACAAUCAUUACCUGCUAAUCAAAACGAAUUGAUCAAAUAUCUCCAGACUAUCAAUUCUGGUUUGAAGAGAUCCAUCGAUAAGUCGCACUUAAAGUCUACAUUGUAUUCACUGACUAUUGGAGCUCUUCACAAUGGUAAUGUAAAUGUUGAAGUCGAAUUGGAGGCACCCGAUGAACGUUCUAUUUCACCACAUCAAGUUAGAAAACCAAUUUCAAAGUCGAAUCCUGCUACACCACAACGUAAACGUAAGACGACUGCAAAUGAUGAGGUUCAAACUAUUAAGAAAUCAAAGAUUAUCCAAACUUUAAAACAAAAUCAAUUGAAUUUUGUUGGUGCCUUUGAAGAUGACGAUGAAGGAGCAGACGAUGACGACGAUGAGGAAGCUGAGGAAUUGGGUAACGAUUCAUUUACAACUAAGAUCAAGAGAACUAAAUACACUCCUCAUUCCAGUGCUAAUGCUACUCUCUUGAAUGGUAACACACCAACCACUGAUUCUUCUAAACAAGACUUGACAAGACAACAAAUAAGUACAACUACAUCAUCAUCAUCAUCAUCAUCAUCAAUUACUCGUGACGGUGAUCAAAGUAGAGAUGUUACGAGAAAUAAUGCUCGAUCAGAUGGAGGUCAAGAAACCGAGAAUUCCUACAAUGCAGUAAUUGCUGCCAGAGCUGCAGUACCACCAAGAAACAAACGAAGCCCAAGUAUAAGUCAAAAUAGUCCUAGUAUCGGGCUUGCUGCUACUUUUCAUCCUGUAUUGCCCCAGAAUGUGCCACUGUAUCCAGUUUCUGGUGCUAUGCCGUUAGUCCCAUCAGCAGCAGCGUCAGAUGCUCAUCAACAACAGCUGGGCUUUGUGUCGUACAAAACUGUAUUACCACAACAACAAACACCACCGGUUAAUAGUAGUUUGCCAGAUAACUCAAAUGGAAUGAAUGUUAUUGUCGGUAAGAAUACUGUCCCUGUUGAAGUCAAUAAUGUAAUUCAGCCACCCGCAGGAUUAGCAACAUCCCAAAAAAUUUCUACUCCUUCAUCUUUGACAAACAAACUGCGUAUUCAAAUUGGCAGCAAUAGUAACACUCCGAGACCGGCAAGUAGCUUUACUUUUUCUUUGCCAAAGCACAUUAAAUUGGGAAGAACUUAUAACAGUAGUGAUGAAGAUGCUGAUGCUGAUGCUGAUCAACAUAGAGAUAGUGAAUCCGAUGAGAAUGAUGAUCAUUCAACUCAAAGUGACACUGAAAAUGGAAAAUCUAAAAUCGAUUCAGAUAUUACAAGUACAAUUGCUGUUCCUUCAAAAGAAAACAAUAUAAAAGAAAACCACAAUGAAGAUGUUGAAAUUCCAGACAUGGAUGAUAUGGAAAGUCCUGUUGUAGAAGAGAUUUCAGAGGCACAGGAUACUGGGAUCACAAACCGAGAUGGUGAAGAAGAUAAAGAACAAUAUAUCAAGAACAUUGUCGGUAAUGGUUCUCAAGUAGAUGCUGAUUCUUCUACAAAAUUGGCUAUUGUGGACAAACGUAACGUUGAUUCUACGGAUUAUUCAGAAAGUGAAGAGGAUAAAGAACCAACCAUGGAGACUCAAGAAACCCCAAUUGAAACAGAUGAAGUUGACGAAGAAAAUUCAGAAGAAGUGAUCUCAGAAAAUAAUGAAGAGAGUUCAAGUGACUCUGAAGACGACGCUAAAGAAGUUGAAUCUAAACCGGAGGUGUUAUCUUCCCCAUCUAGGACCAAUGCUGUUGAUCUGAUAGAUGUUGAUAGUACUUCUGAUAGUGAAACUUCAAGCGAGUCCGAAAGUGAAUCGGGUGGUUCUAGUACUGAAUAUUCUGAUUCUUCUGAUGAGGAAUCUUCGGACGAUGAACCUCUUUCUCAAAGAACGCCAAAGAAAAUGAUCAAUGAGUCUACUACGGUAACUCCUGUUAAGGUCACUCCUGUUAAAGUCACUCCUGUUAAAGUCACUCCUGUUAAGGUCACUCCUGCUAAAGCUACUCCUGCUAAAGCUACUCCUGCUAAAGCUACUCCUGCUAAAGCUACUCCUGCUAAAGCUACUCCUGCUAAAGCUACUCCUGCUAAAGCUACUCCUGCUAAAGCUACUCCCGCUAAAGCUACUCCUGCUAAAGCUACUCCUGCUAAAGCUACUCCUGCUAAGGUUGUUGCUGCUAAAGCUACCCCUGCUAAGGUUGUUGCUGCUAAAGCUACCCCUGCUAAGGUUGUUGCUGCUCAAGCUACUUCUUCUUCAGUGCCUCUGGGUCUUAAAAGCUCAACCAAUACUUCUGAGUCAAGCACCAAAACAACUGCAAAAGCGUCAUCAGCAACAAACUUGAAAAAAUCAGUCAGUUCAAAAUCGAAGGAAAAAUCUGCUGAAUCAACUCCAGAAGUCUCCUCAUCAAAAAUCAAUAAAGUUAAAGCAGGUAGUUCUGCAAGAAAAUCCAAUCCAAGAGUGUUAUCUAUCCUUGAGUCAGUAUCCAGGGCGGCUGCACAGGCAGCAAAAACAUCACCUGUUCCUUCACCAAUUCUUACAAAACCAAAGCCAGCAUUUAAUAUCAGGCCAGCAUCAUCUACAAAGCCUCAGUUAAGUGAAGAAUUUGUUCAUAGUAGUGAUGAUUAUUCCGAAGAUGAAGAUAUGAAAGGUAGUGACGAUGACUCUGAUAUGGAUGAUAAAGAAGAUGAUAAGCUUAAGACCACUCAAGAGAAAAAUACUUCAAAUAAUGUUGUGAAAAAUAAGGCACUUGUAAAACCAGUUGUUGGAUCAUCACCACUGGCAUCUGAAGUGAAAAAGAUUUCAACUUCUCCGAUCUUCAAGAGGCUUCCAAGUAUUGUGCAGUCAGCAAAAAAGACACCACUUGCUAAAAGAAGCAUUUCCAGCCCGGUCAAAACGAAUCUAUUCAAAGGAAGACAUGAAUCAGAUUCUAGUGAUAGUGAAAGUGAUGAUUCAAGCGACGAACUGUCAAGUGACGAUGAACCACUUAUCAAAAAGAAACAAGUAUCAAAAGAGGAAACAAAGCCUGUAGUAAGCAAGGCAUCAAGUAUUCGUAAAAAUGUGAUAGAUCCGUCUGUCUUCUAUAAACCUGCAGAACCAAAAAAGAGUUCACCAGCUGCUAUUUCCAAACCUGCAUUAACUAAAAUCAAGACUUCCAGUGAAGAGGAAAGCUCGAGUGCCAGUUCAAACUCUUCCGAAGAAAGUAGUUCAAGUGACGACGAUAGUUCAAGUGACGACGAUAGCUCGAGUGAUGAAAGCAGUUCUAGUCAAGAUGAAAAGGACAUUCAAGUAGUGAAAAACAAAGCAAAUGCUAAUCAGCUGGUCACUUCAACUGGUAAAGUAGAAUCUGUUGUUACACCAAGAAAACCUAAUCAGGAUAAGAGUUCUAGUCAAAAGGAAAGCUCCAAUGACGACAGUGAUGAGAGUGACAGCUCAAGUGAUAGCUCCAGUGAUGAAAGUCACAGUUCCACAGAAGAAGAAGAAGAAGAAGAAGAAGAGAAAGAAAAGAAAAGUGUUCCUAUAGCUGUUAAAACUCCUAUGGUGAAAAGAACUAUUUCCAAACCAGUUAUAACCCCAAGGAAGUUUACAAAGAAAGAAAGUUCGAGUAGCGACAGCAGUUCCUCAGAGGAUUCAUCUGAUGAUAGUUCCAGUGAUGACGAAGAUGGUGAUAGUUCUUCCGAAAGUACCAAACCAAAUAAAUUGGUGGUCAAAACACCAUCUACAGUAAGAACAAUGCCAGCACAUAGAAUUACUAAACCUUCUGCUGCAAGAACACCAAGUAGUAAGUUCAUAGAAGAUGCUGCAAAAAGAAUUGCGGCCCAGUUAGAGGAGGAAACUCCUUCCAAACCGGAAGUUAAACAGAAGCCUGCAUUCCAACAAAAGGGCAGAUUACCAUCAUUACAAGAUUUGAGACAGCCAAAUACUACCGUGGAGAGAAAAGUAUCCACUCAAACAAUUUCACCACAAAAGAAACCUGGAUCAAAAUUAGCAAAAGUGUUUGGUGGCGGUGAUGAUAGUAGUAGUGAAGAUGAAAGUAGUUCCAGUGAUAGUUCAAGUGAUGAAAGUGAUUAA